AUGGACAGAGCAGAAAGCUAUCUAGCACUCGACGGAUAUCUACUUGAGCGCAAAGAAAAUGGAGAAUAUAAAGUCGCGUCAUGGCAGAGAGUUAAACGACGCAUGUCCAAACAACAACAAGAUCGGUUCAAGAACUACGAAUUCAUAGAAGUUGAAAGAUACAAAGAUUAUGACACGGAUCUUUUCCCAUGUAAUUCUGGAGCUCUAUUUGAGUUGGUAGCGAACGAGAUCCACUUCUUUUACGUCGAUCCUGCUAGUAACGUGAAGAAGGUUACCACCACUAGAACAAAGUCUCAACUUUCUAAAAGUGCGGUACGCGAGAACGUUGUGCCUAUUGUAUUCAAAGGAAACAAGAAAAAGUACCUCUAUCUGGAGUAUGACGACGCUGAAGUCAGCCGUCAGCUGGGAGAGGAGAGGUGGAGCCUUAAAGUUGAAGAGGAGAGCCAGGAACUCAUGCUCGCAACUGAGCGGUGUAACAACGUGGUGUACAAACAUCUUGGUGCAGACCUGCUUGUGUUUUGCGAGAGGGAUUUGCAAGCACUACGUCGUUUCCACGCAUUCAGAGGUGAGUACAACGCCACAUGCAAGCGUGUGUGCCACGCUGUGUACAAAAUGUCAAGAGAUCGCAAAAUGCUGCGCUAUAGAGCAACAAGGACUUUUCGAAGGCCUCAGGCAGGCGUAGUCACUUCUCAAGACGCUGCAGGAAAAAAGCAUCAACACAUAUUCACUCUACUUUGCGCCUUUUCUCUAUAUGAUUCUCAACAUUAGAGAAUUUCCUCUUUUAAUGGGGUGUUUUGACGACGAGGAUGACGUGUACGACGAAGUCGAGCUUCGGGAUGAGUCUUUCGGGCGAGGUUAGAGUCGAACAAAUCUCGCGUAUUUUCAGCAGGAUGCUAAAGGAUGAAGACGGACUGGGUGCAGUUUUGGAAGUCAUAGUGCGACUCACAGCGUUUGACGUCGGAGCAGAGGUGAGAAGAAGUGAGCAAGAAGAGGAUGAAGGUGAAGAUGAAAUAUCCGAGGAUGAGAGCGCUGAGGGUACACAGAGAUCAAAUUCAAACUUGUGUCACCCCGCACUACAGCCCGCUCGGAGGGUGAGGAGGCUUUUAGACGGAAUCAAGUUUUUUGUUGUGUAUGCUGUGUUCUGCACGGAAGAUAACAACGAUCUUUUUGACGAGGAACACUGCGCGCCCAUGUGGCGUUGGAUCAAGAGCGUGUACAACGAGGUUAGGGCUGAGGAAAAAAUCCAACUAGAUUAUGACGUCAAGCUUUGUGAACCCGAUGGUGUGAUUGUUUCCGGCAAGCUGUUCAACAGAAGGUACAUCCAAGACUUUUAUUACGGAGUAAAAAGCGAGAUUGAUGAGUUGAUACAGGACCUAGACGAUAUAUUUUACAUGCCGAGCCCUCAGGAUGUUGGAGGGAUGAUUUUGGAUGAUCGAAGUCUAACUGUUUCCGAGAACAAGGUGAAAAAUUGUCGGUCACUGCUGAGUUUGAUUCCUGAGUAUGCAAAGAAACGACUGCUGCCACUAAGCGGGAAAGCACUUGCUGCUCUUCAAGAGAUUAACCAGGGCCACCUCCCAGUAUGUGCUUUACUUUCUGGCCGUACUGCGACAAAUGCAGAUACAUUUACUAGGUCCGCAGUGCGACAAUUUUACGCCGGCGCGCUGGAAGUUUGUGGAGGGAAUGGGAAUGGAUCAGAACCCUUCAUCUCAGGAAGUCUCUUUCAGAGCUCUGUGUCGAUAUGUUUUUCUCAACACUAGUAAGGGACAAAUGGUUGCGUUCAGAGCGUUUGAUAAGUAUCUACGUCGCAAGUACCCAACGACAUUCAGUUGCAAGCUAAGCUUCCAGCAAUUACGCCAGGGUAUGGUUGCAAUAUCAAGAACGUACGUGAACAAGAAUGUGACCACGGACCUGUACGAAUCGAUGGUACAAGAGAUUAUGUUUGGCCAUGCAGCAAAGACAAGUCUUCAGAACUAUGGAGUGGAUAGUUUUCGUUGAGGUCUGUGAGCGGAACAACCGCAACCUACCUCCAAAGCCGCGCGUCCACCGAGUGGCUGGAAUGGAUAGGGUUUGAGCGGAUAACGAAAGUAGAAAAACCAAACAAAAUACUAGAUGGGGUGCCUCGUUCGGUUCCCAUUAGAUGUCCUGACGACCUGAACACAGCCGGAAAAGAAGUGUAUGGAGACGAUUUCCAGUUUCGUAAAGGACAGUUUUCCGUGUGUGUAGAGAUGUACUUGUCAAACGUGCCCUCGCUCGCCAUAAUUGCCCCACCUGGGUACGGUAAGACGGUACUAUAUCAGGUUCCCAUGAAGGCGCUGCAAGCGAAGCCUGAUGUAAAGUACGUUUCCUUUGUGUGUGUUCCAUACACUGUGUUGGAAGCGGGAACACUAACGCGGAUGAGAAACGGGGGACUGCUAGCCAACAGUAUCAAGUUCUUUCUUGAGCGGGGUCAUGACGGUAUCUCUGACGUUUACAUAGGAAAAUACAACGACGUUGCGAGCAAUGAGUUUGCUUUACAGAUCCAGGGGGGGCAGCAAGCGUCUACUCCACGCCUAGGGUAUCUUGUGAUUGACGAGUAUCACAACAUUGAGACCGAGGAGUAUAGACGAGAGACGUUUGAGCCCAUGAAAAAUGUAAACUUUAACAAGUUUGAGAAGGUGGUCUUUCUCAGCGCCACUGCGACAGAAUGGGAUAAUAGUAGGGCUGCGAUGUGCCGGUUGGGAUUCCCGGGGGUGCUUGAGGAUGGAGAGCACUUGGUUGCGGAGUGUGGCGAAAGUACGGCGUUGAUGAUGGAUUUCAAGACGAAGGUUAUCGACUUGGUGGACAAACCGCCGCUCGGCCAUAUCUAUAAGGAUAUAGUAACUUCCAAGAACUCGCCCAAGGAAGCCUUGGAACUACUAAAGAGUCUAUUUGCCCUUGAGCCGCAUGCCAAGGCUAUUGUAGCAGUGGGCCGCAGGGCCCUGGUGGAGGAGCUUGCAAUUGAGUGGAACAGAUAUUUCAACAUUCUUUGGAUCCACGGAGACUUGUCAUCGGAGGAAAAGACACGGCGAACACAAAGGUUUAUCAACGACGGGGGUAUGCGUGUACUCAUUGGAACAAAGCUUGUGUCCGAGGGAAUCGACGUUAAGGAGUUGCGAAUGGUUCUCAUCGUCGACUAUCUUCCACAGAUUGGAGAGUACAUCCAGUGCGCCGGGCGGUUGCGUUCCAACGGGUUCUGUUCACUGGUUUUGAAUAGCGACGAGCUGCCAUCACCAAGACAAAGGGAAGGGGAUGGUUCGAUGACAUUGGACUGUAUAACGUCACAGAUCCGCCAGUUCUAUGGUCUGGUCGAAGCCUCACCCGAACAUAUUGGUUGCUGUGAUAGAAUGGACGGCCUGGAGGCGGAUACAUGCGAUCUAUUUCGAAGGGUCAAGCUGGGAGUGUCUAAACGACCCUCCGAUGACCUUGCUGAUGAAACACAACCCACAAGAAGAGAUAUUAACAUCCAGCGAGAAAAGGCGUUUCUGCGAAGGCGAUUCUACGGAGUUAAUGGGUAUACCACGGUGUUUCAGUACUUGCAGAUGGGUACCGAACAAAUCAAACAUCUUAUACUGUACGGGGUGGAUAUCAAGUUUCUUCCACCGGGUGUGUUCCAGACCCGCGAUACCUGUUAUGGAUGCGAGCGGUAUCCCGAUGUGUGUUUGUGUCUGAACAACGGGCCCAAGUUGUCUCUUCGUGGUCUUGCAGUUGAGGCGCUAGCGUUCAAGAGAAUGAUAUAUUCGGACAGCGAUUACCGUAUGGUUAUAGACAAGAUAGUUCACACUCAACUGGGCCUGGUUGCGUUCCUUAAGGAUUUUGACGAGCGAAAGGGGGAGCUGAUGGUGCGAUUCCGUAUGAAGUAUGCAAGUUACCUGGAGCUGCUAUCGUCGGGAAAGGUACUGAAGAUGAGUAGGGACGCGGCGUUGCGGGAGUACCGUUUGUACUCUGGAUUAGAAAUAAAGAGAAAAUACUUUGAGUUGUGGGACAAUCUCUGCGAGAGGCAGAUGAGUAUAUUGGAGUAUUUUGGAAAACAUGAGGAGAAGAAAAGCGCCGAGCUGUGGAGUGGGAACAAUUUCGAGGCGGUUAUCGAGAAUGAGAAUAGCGCUUGGGAGCUGCGGCGGACGGGACCUCUAGCGUAUGUUGGGCCUGAGUAUAUAUCUGCGCAGUUUGGAUAUCGUGCGCAGGAAAUCAAGAAGUAUGCGUACAGAAUGUCAUGGGAGAUGGAGCAGAGAGAAUCGUUGGGAUAUGACGUUAGCAAGACGCCGAGAUGGGAAUUAUACCUGAUGAUGCAGAUCGGGUUGUUUAACAAUGAGACGUUUCGACGAAAGUUUCAUUGGGAGGUGCGGGAGGUCCCUGAAGUGAAUGUUCUGCCACACUGGUUGCGACUGCAGAACGUAUUUGCGGAGCUACCAGCAGGGGACUGCGUUCCGUUGUACAUGUACAGUGCGGUGUUAUUCGGACAGGUGCGUAACUGA